AUCAUGGAGCAGGAACUCGCAGAACUCAAAAAGCAGGUACUCACCUUGCACAAAGAACUGUCUCGCGUCUCCGACGAAGCUGAAAUCCGCAAAACCCACCACAAAUACGGCUACUACCUCGACAAAUGUCUCUACAACGAAGUAGUCGACCUCUUCUCCAACCGCCCCGACACCUUCGUCGAGUUCCUCGGCUCGCGCUACCUCGGCAAAGCCGGCGUCGAGCGCCUCUACAAGAAACGCUUCGCCGAGACCUUUGUCGCCGGCCGCAACGGUCCCAUCCACGGCUUUCUGCUCGACCACAUGAUGAUGCAAGACAUCGUCGACGUCUCCCCCUCAGGCGACCACGCCUGGUGUCGCAUGCGUGCCCUGAUGCAGGCCGGCACUCAUCACUCUAUCGAGAAAAACUUGCCGCUGGGCCACAGACAGUGGUGGGAAGGUGGUCUGUACGAGAAUGAGUAUGUGAAGGAAGACGGGGUGUGGAAGCUGUGGAGGUAUAGGUACUUUCCGUUUUGGCAUGCGGAUUUUGAGGCUGGAUGGAGUAAGACCAAGCCGAAUUAUGUGCCGUGGCCGACGAGGACGUUUCCAGAGGAUCCCACGGGCCCGGAUGAGAUUCUCGAGAGAAAGAUGUUGUGGCCAGAUACGAGGGUGGUGCCGUUUCAUUAUCCGCAUCCCGUCACGGGGAAGAGGGUCAAUAGUGAUGAUUUGAGAGCGCCCAGGUACGGAAAGGGGGUGCAGGAGGGAUGUGAAGAGCCAUUGGUAUUGGAGUUGCCAGGUGGGAGCAAGUGGGAGGGGGCAGAGGAGCGGGAGAGUCGGAAGGGGGAGAAGGUGUUGCCUGAGUUGGUGCAGGACAGGCUGUUAAAUUGAGUGGCGCGGUACAGGGCUGGGUUCCGUCGGUCUACAGUCAGUUUCGUUCCGUCAUUCGGGUCUGAAGCUUUGAUCACUUACAGUCUCGUACGGCGCAAGUCCACUCACGGGAGGAGUUGAGUGAAGGAAAUACUGACUCAAACUUCUCAUGGGAUUUGGUCCAGCCCCCUGCAAGCAUGCAACUGUCGGCGUGUAUCAGUGCAGUGCACUUUUUAUCAUGACUGUUUUGGUGGGGAACCUCCGGCCUACAUGGACCUUUUAUGCCCUAGGUACUCCUGCACGAUGCAAUACCUGCUACAUGUCUGGCAUUGACACAUGUCAGCGCCGUUGCUGUACUUGGGGCCUUGUCAAACUUGCUGAUGAUGGCCCAUACGCAAUGUAAAUUUCAG